CCCCGGCUAUGUAAAGCGGCCGGGCCUGGGGUGGGUCACCGCGAGACGCCGUGUCCCUCGCGCAGGCGGGUGGCUCCGGAGAGCUAGUGCCUGCAAAGGCGGGACGGAGGCGCCCCCCACUCAUCAUGAACAGAAGCAUCUCCCGAAAGAGCCACACAUUCCUGCCCAAGAUCUUCUUUCGAAAGAUGUCAUCCUCCGGGGCCAAGGACAAGCCCGAGCUGCAGUUUCCCUUCCUUCAGGAUGAGGAUACGGUGGCCGCACUGCACGAGUGCAAGACGCUCUUCAUCCUGCGAGGGCUGCCAGGGAGUGGCAAGUCCACGCUGUCCCGGGUCAUUGUGGAUAAAUACCACGAUGGCACCAAGAUGGUGUCUGCCGAUGCCUACAAGAUCACGCCUGGUGCCCGCGGAGCCUUCUCCGAGGAGUACAAGCGGCUGGACGAGGACCUGGCUGCCUACUGCCGCCGAAACAUCAGAGUGCUCGUGCUAGACGACACCAACCACGAGCCAGAGCGCCUGGAGCAGCUCUUUGAAUUGGCCGACCAGUACCAGUACCAGGUGGUGCUGGUGGAGCCCAAGACGGCGUGGCGGCUGGACUGUACCCAGCUCAAAGAGAAGAACCAGUGGCAGCUGUCGGCCGAUGAUCUGAAGAAGCUGAAGCCUGGGCUGGAGAAGGACUUCCUGCCACUCUACUUCGGCUGGUUCCUGACCAGUAAGAGUUCUGAGAUCCUCCGAAAAGUUGGCCAGGUCUUCCUGGAGGAGCUGGGGAACCACAAGGCCUUCAAGAAGGAGCUGCGACACUUUAUCUCGGGGGAUGAGCACAAAGAGAAGAUCGAUCUGAUCACCUACUUUGGGAAGAGACCCCCUGGCGUGCUGCACUGCACAACCAAGUUCUGUCAAUACGGAAAGGCCGCAGGGGCCGAGGACUACGGUCAGCAGGAUGUGGUGAAGAAAUCUUACGGCAAGGCCUUCACAUUAACCAUCUCUGCCCUCUUUGUGACACCCAAGACGGCUGGGGCCCGGGUGGAGUUGAGUGAGCAGGAGCUGCUGUUGUGGCCAGAUGACGUGGACAAGCUGUCCUCUGACAACCUGCCCCGGGGGAGCCGCGCUCAUAUCACCCUUGGCUGUGCGGCCGACGUGGAGGCCGUGCAGACCGGCAUUGACCUCUUAGAGAUUGUACGGCAGGAGAAGGGGGGCAGCCGUGGUGAGGAGGUGGGUGAGCUUACCCGGGGCAAACUCUACUCCUUGGGCAGUGGGCGCUGGAUGCUAAGUCUGGCCAAGAAGAUGGAGGUCAAGGCCAUCUUCACAGGAUACUACGGGAAGGGUAAACCUGUGCCCACUCAUGGCAGCCGGAAGGGGGGCGCCUUGCAGUCCUGCAUCAUCAUCUGAGGGUUUGUGCCACAAUAUGCUCCUCACUCUUUAGAAGGGAGGGGGAGGAGAGGGCUACAUGUGCUCCAUGUGGUAAGAUUUUUUUUUUACUCAAAGUUAACUUACAUAUAACUUUUUAAAAAACUUGUAAAAUAACUGCCUCUCCUUUGCUGUCUGCCCUCUUCCCCUCUAACACACCAAGUCUCAACACAAGGUGGGUGGAUUGACACCAUUCAGGAAUCUGGAUCAAAGCUGAUAAGGCUGGAGCCAGUCAGAACCCCACCUUGCCCCACCUCCAGGAACUGGCAAGCCCUGCCCCCAGCCCAGGCCCUGCUAACAAAGGACCAAAGGCAGUGGGGCUGUAGUCUGGGGCCCAUUGCCACAGGAGGGAGGAUCCCCGGGCUUUUUUCUUUUUUUCUUUUAAUAAAAGCAAGUGAACAGGAAUUUUAUUUAAAAGGUGGCUCAGAACUUGCAGCACAGCACCUGGGAGGCAUAAGAGUGCCCUGGGCCCCUGGGUUUUGAUCCCAUUUCUUAAUCAUUGUAACCCCUGGGAUUAUUUGCCAGGGUAGAAAAAGGGGUUUACCUCCCACCUUUGGUCCUAAGUCCCUGUCUCCUUUACCCUAUAACUAGGUAACAGUUUGAUAACUGAUUCAGUAGCAGCCGCCACCUCCCAGCCUGCCUCCUGGUCCCACCCCAGGAAGGGGUUGAGUUGGCUGUCCUUCCCAGUGGUGUGGCUCUGCUGCAUAGCCAAGGAGAUAGAUAGAGGCCAGAGACACAGCAGGGGAGAGCUCCAGCCUUGCUGGGCCCAGUCCAUCUUGCCUCCCUGGUGCCUCUGGAGGCCUUUGAGCCUUCUCUAAAGGAGGCUACUGGGUACCAAGAGCCAAUGGAGGGGACCUCUAGUUGGCCAGGCAAACCCCACCUGCUGCCUCUGAGGGGUUUUAACACUGCUCCAUGGGCUCUGGUUCCUGGAGUGCCUUCCACUGCCCUCUGCUCAAUAACGGGACCUUGCUAAUCAGGUUGUCACUCAACAGAGUAUUUUGGAUUUAAGUUACUAUCCGGGUUUUGCCCAGCCUCGUCAACUUGUAAGACUGAUAAUGAAAUAAAUCAUGUUAAUCCUA